ACCACACAAUUUCUCCUCUGGGCUCGGAACAGCUCUCGGUAGACUACGAUCCCUUUCCGACGUGGAAACUUCAGAUAAAAAGGCUCCGCGAGGUCCGAAGCCAGCACGGGGCGGAGCCAGGACGCGGGCCAGAGUACCCCGAAGGACGGUGCCUCUCCGGCCCCAACGAAGUACAGCUUUUAUUUUGCAGCAAUCUGAGCCAACCCGAGAAGAUUCUGAAGCUUCCAAAACAGAACCGACGAGAACACUCAUAGAAUGCCUCUCCACUUCCUAACUGUCGCUUUGAGGAGAGAAAAGUAAGCCACAGCCAGCACCGCAGACUGGAGAAGGCGAGGUCUGCAGUGUGCCUAACGCGUACUAGAGGGACCGAGGCGGGGCGGGGCUGGCGAAGCGCGAGGACCCGGGGCCGAGGUAUGAGGCUGACCAUAGAGUGCCGGACGCCGGUGUGAACAUACACUAUCUGCUCCUGUAGUGCCCAGGCCCCUGCCGGGGAGUCCCCGGAGCUACCAUUAUCGAGACUCUCAUUCUAUUGCCCUGCGGCUUUAAUCCUUCGAGUGUAGGGGAAAAAUUGAACCCUAAAGACAGGCAGCUCCUAGGCACCAGCACAGGAAAUAAGCAAUGGAGGUGGGGUCCUUCGCUCGCGCCGAAAUUCAAAGGAAUAAAUAGUUCCGGCGCGGGUGUUGAGAGCGGUGUGGCAGGUGUUGUAGCCGCUAUGGUGGUGAAGUUCGCUUCGUAGCGGCCCCGGCUAGAGAGUUGGCCUGUUCCCUGCCUUUGUGACCCGGAGGAGCUUUUGGGGUGCGUCAAGCCCCUGGCCUGAGGCAGCGGUGAGGCGUAACUGGUUUGUGGCCUGUUUGAUUCCUGUCAGAGGUUUGCUAACCCAAGACAGUAUCGAAAAUGCAUAUUAAGUCAAUUAUUCUAGAGGGAUUCAAGUCCUAUGCUCAGAGGACCGAAGUCAAUGGUUUUGACCCCCUCUUCAAUGCUAUCACUGGCUUAAAUGGUAGUGGGAAAUCCAACAUAUUGGACUCCAUCUGCUUUUUGCUGGGCAUCUCCAACCUGUCUCAGGUUCGGGCUUCUAAUUUACAAGAUUUAGUUUACAAAAAUGGGCAGGCUGGUAUUACCAAAGCCUCUGUGUCAAUCACUUUUGAUAAUUCUGACAAAAAGCAAAGUCCUUUAGGAUUUGAGGUUCAUGAUGAAAUCACAGUAACAAGGCAGGUGGUUAUUGGUGGUAGAAAUAAAUAUUUAAUCAAUGGAGUCAAUGCCAACAACACCAGAGUACAGGAUCUCUUCUGUUCUGUUGGCCUUAAUGUUAACAACCCUCACUUUCUCAUCAUGCAGGGCCGAAUUACAAAAGUAUUGAAUAUGAAACCUCCAGAGAUUUUAUCCAUGAUAGAAGAAGCAGCUGGAACCAGGAUGUAUGAAUACAAAAAAAUAGCUGCACAGAAAACUAUAGAAAAAAAGGAGGCUAAGCUGAAAGAAAUUAAGACGAUACUUGAAGAAGAGAUUACUCCAACCAUUCAAAAAUUAAAAGAGGAAAGAUCGUCCUACUUGGAGUACCAAAAAGUAAUGAGAGAAAUAGAACAUUUGAGUCGUUUAUAUAUUGCUUAUCAGUUUUUGCUGGCUGAAGAUACCAAAGUACGCUCAGCUGAGGAAUUAAAAGAAAUGCAAGAUAAAGUUAUAAAGCUUCAGGAAGAAUUGUCUGAGAAUGAUAAAAAAAUAAAAGCACUUAAUCAUGAAAUAGAAGAAUUGGAAAAAAGAAAAGAUAAGGAAACUGGAGGUAUACUUCGAUCUUUAGAAGAUGCUCUUGCAGAGGCUCAGCGAGUUAAUACUAAAUCUCAAAGCACAUUUGAUCUCAAGAAGAAAAAUCUGGCAUGUGAGGAAAGCAAACGCAAAGAGCUGGAAAAAAAUAUGGUUGAGGACUCAAAAACUUUAGCAGCAAAGGAAAAAGAGGUUAAAAAGAUAACAGAUGGACUGCAUGCCCUUCAAGAAGCAAGUAAUAAAGAUGCUGAAGCUCUGGCAGCUGCACAGCAGCACUUCAAUGCUGUUUCCGCUGGCCUGUCCAGUAAUGAAGAUGGAGCAGAAGCAACUCUUGCUGGUCAAAUGAUGGCCUGUAAAAAUGAUAUAAGUAAAGCUCAGACAGAAGCCAAACAGGCUCAGAUGAAGUUGAAGCAUGCUCAACAGGAAUUAAAGAAUAAACAAGCUGAAGUUAAGAAGAUGGAUAGUGGCUACAGGAAGGACCAAGAAGCUCUAGAAGCUGUAAAAAGACUUAAAGAAAAACUUGAAGCUGAAAUGAAAAAGCUAAAUUAUGAAGAAAAUAAAGAGGAAAGCCUUUUGGAAAAGCGCAGGCAGCUGUCUCGUGAUAUUGGUAGAUUGAAAGAAACAUAUGAAGCUCUAUUAGCCAGAUUUCCCAAUCUUCGAUUUGCAUACAAGGAUCCAGAGAAGAACUGGAAUAGAAAUUGUGUGAAAGGACUUGUGGCUUCUCUGAUUAGUGUGAAAGACACUUCUGCGACCACAGCUUUAGAAUUAGUGGCUGGAGAACGACUCUACAAUGUUGUAGUAGACACAGAAGUUACUGGUAAAAAGCUACUAGAAAGGGGGGAACUGAAACGUCGAUACACUAUAAUUCCACUCAAUAAAAUUUCAGCCAGAUGUAUUGCACCAGAAACUCUGAGAGUUGCUCAGAAUCUUGUUGGCCCUGACAACGUUCAUGUGGCUCUUUCCCUGGUUGAAUAUAAACCAGAACUUCAGAAAGCAAUGGAGUUUGUCUUUGGAACAACAUUUGUUUGUGACAAUAUGGAUAAUGCCAAAAAAGUGGCCUUUGAUAAGAGGAUAAUGACUAGAACUGUAACUCUCGGAGGUGAUGUGUUUGAUCCUCAUGGGACAUUGAGUGGAGGUGCUCGAUCCCAGGCAGCUUCUAUUUUAACCAAGUUUCAAGAACUCAAAGAUGUUCAGGAUGAACUGAGAAUCAAAGAGAAUGAGCUGCGGGCUCUAGAAGAGGAAUUAGCAGGUCUUAAAAACACCGCUGAAAAGUAUCGCCAACUAAAACAGCAGUGGGAGAUGAAAACUGAAGAGGCAGAUUUAUUACAAACCAAGCUCCAGCAAAGCUCAUAUCACAAGCAACAAGAAGAAUUAGAUGCCCUUAAAAAAACCAUUGAGGAAAGUGAGGAGACUUUGAAAAACACUAAAGAAAUCCAAAGAAAAGCAGAAGAAAAAUAUGAAGUAUUGGAAAAUAAAAUGAAAAAUGCAGAAGCUGAAAGAGAACGAGAACUGAAAGAUGCUCAGAAAAAACUGGAUUGUGCCAAAACAAAGGCAGAUGCAUCUAGCAAGAAGACGAAAGAAAAACAACAGGAAGUUGAAGCUAUCACUCUGGAACUGGAAGAGCUCAAGAGAGAGCAUACAUCUUACAAACAACAGCUUGAAGCUGUAAAUGAAGCUAUCAAAUCCUAUGAAAGUCAGAUUGAAGUAAUGGCAGCUGAGGUGGCUAAAAAUAAGGAGUCAGUAAAUAAAGCUCAAGAAGAGGUGACCAAGCAAAAAGAGGUGAUAACAGCCCAAGACACUGUAAUUAAAGCUAAAUAUGCAGAAGUGGCAAAACACAAGGAGCAAAACAAUGAUUCUCAGCUUAAAAUUAAGGAAUUAGACCACAACAUCAGCAAACAUAAACGGGAGGCUGAAGAUGGUGCUGCAAAGGUAUCCAAAAUGUUGAAAGAUUAUGACUGGAUUAAUGCAGAGAGACACCUCUUUGGCCAACCCAAUAGUGCCUAUGAUUUCAAAACUAACAACCCUAAAGAAGCUGGUCAGAGACUUCAGAAGUUGCAAGAAAUGAAGGAGAAACUAGGAAGAAAUGUCAAUAUGAGAGCUAUGAAUGUAUUGACAGAAGCUGAAGAGCGAUACAAUGACUUGAUGAAGAAGAAGAGAAUUGUAGAAAACGACAAAUCCAAAAUUCUUACAACUAUAGAAGACCUUGACCAGAAGAAAAACCAAGCCCUAAAUAUUGCAUGGCAAAAGGUGAACAAGGACUUUGGGUCUAUUUUUUCUACUCUUCUGCCUGGUGCUAAUGCUAUGCUUGCACCACCAGAGGGUCAAACUGUUUUGGAUGGUCUGGAGUUCAAGGUUGCCUUAGGAAAUACCUGGAAAGAAAACCUAACUGAACUUAGUGGUGGUCAGAGGUCUUUAGUGGCCUUGUCAUUAAUACUGUCCAUGCUUCUCUUCAAACCUGCUCCAAUUUAUAUCCUUGAUGAGGUAGAUGCAGCCUUGGAUCUUUCUCAUACCCAAAACAUUGGACAGAUGCUGCGUACUCAUUUCACACAUUCUCAGUUCAUUGUGGUGUCACUAAAAGAAGGUAUGUUCAACAAUGCAAACGUUCUUUUCAAAACCAAGUUUGUGGAUGGUGUUUCUACAGUAGCCAGAUUUACUCAAUGUCAAAAUGGAAAGAUUUCAAAGGAAGCAAAAUCCAAGGCAAAACCACCCAAAGGAGCACAUGUGGAAGAUUAAACUACAAAUUUAUUUCUUCAUCUUGACCUGUUUUUUUAAAUGUAAACUUUUAAGGACUUGAGAUAACUAAUUUGUUUAUACACAAAAAUUAAUGUCACUGUGUUACUUAACCCAUGUUUUCUCUUUAUAUAAUCACUUAUCACUUACAAAUGAGCAUAUAUUCCUCAUCUCUUAACUAGUCUAAUUAUGGUCCAAUUAUUGUGGUUGUGAUUUUAUGCAUAUCAUCAAAUGUUUUUUUCUUAUGCAGGUCUUUUAUAUAUUAGGGAUCCUGAGAUACCCGAUUCUAUAUGUAAAAGCUAAUAUACAAAAAAGCAGAUUAAAUUACAUGAUAAAUGUAGCUGAUCAUCAGUGUUUAAUUGAUUUAAUUCCUAAGCCAAUAUUAAUGUGUUUUCUAUCCUAAUAAAGUCAUUCAGGUAAGGAAGAAUUAUAAAUCAGGUAACUGGACCAACAAAGGGAACACAUAUAAAGCUAUUAUGCAUGCAUGGAGCCGUUUGAGGCUAGUUUUUUAAGGCCACAACUCCAGACCCCUGAUUUAGACUGAGAUAGAAAACAGAUCUUGAAAGAAUCCUUAUUUUAAUGAUACAUGAAUAUCAUGUUCCUAUACGCUUAAUAAUUGGUCUCUACGACUUUAAUGUUUUUGUUUUUUUAAGCUGUGUAAGUAUUUUUAAAUCAAAGCUUAGGAGGAGGUGUGUUGCGUGGUACUAUCUGCUGCAAAUUUAUCUGAAGUUUGUUAAUAUUUUCCAAGAUUUUUGUCAGCCUUUUUAUAAUCCAGUCAUUAACAACCUAUUGGUAAACAAGAAUGUAGGUGCCAGUAGACUAAACCAAAUUUAUUUUUCCCUGAGUCUGAUAUAUAUAUGUAUAAAUAUAAAUAACUCAAUCCAUCUGUUCCACCAAAAUAACUCAAAAGUUGGAUGAUUAUUUGUCUUCCGCUUUCCAGUUCAAAGGGAUGAAAUUCCUUUAGAACUUGAAAGAUGACACUAGCAAACACCAUGAGAAUACUGUCUACAGUUUUUAGUAUCUCUAGGUACAUCAUCACUAGAACAGUGACCCCAAACUGAAUCAUGAAAGGUCUGACAUGAUGUAAUCUGAUCUUCCAUGUGUUAUUUUGACCCCACAUCUCUUCUUGAUUUUUUAGUCUUAUUUCCUUAGUGUUAUUAUCAUACUUCCCCUGAUAUAUGGCCGUACUUCCUGGCCCUGGGCUUGACAUUUCCCACCCUUCAUUCUCCAUACAUAUGAGAUGUCAGAAAACAUGCAGUAAUUGAUAUUAUGGGACACAUUGGAAAGGAUUGAAUCUGGAAUUAGUUCUGUCCACUGUGGAGGGGAGAGGAAAUAAUGCUGUAAAUGUUGAGUUACAGAAAGUCCAAUGUCAAAUAUACAGUUUUUUUGUUUCCUUUCAAAUGUAUUACAGACUGUGCCAAAACAGUUAUCAAUUCACACUGUCAAUAUUAAAGUAUACCAUAGUAUACAAA